AUGGAUCUCGCUCCGUUGGUAGCAGGCCAUAUUCUGCAUGUCGCCUACUUCACGGCCGGUGUCUUUCUACUCUCCAUCAUUCUCAAUGUCAUAAAUCAAUUGGUAUUCUAUAAACGAAAGGAGCCACCGGUGGUUUUUCACUGGGUGCCUUUCAUCGGGAGUACGAUUGCAUAUGGCAUGGAUCCGUACCAGUUUUUCUUCGCAUCUCGUGCAAAGUAUGGUGACAUCUUCACCUUCAUCCUCCUUGGCAAGAAGACAACUGUCUACCUCGGUAUCGAAGGUAACGAGUUCAUUCUGAAUGGAAAGCUCAAAGAUGUCAAUGCCGAGGAAGUAUAUGGCAAACUCACAACACCUGUCUUUGGAUCGGACGUUGUUUACGACUGCCCCAAUUCCAAGCUGAUGGAGCAGAAGAAGUUCAUCAAACAUGGCCUGAGUACGGCGGCUCUAGAGUCAUAUGUUCCCCUCAUUGCCGACGAGACAAGCGCCUACGUCAAGACCUCGCCCAGUUUCAAAGGCCGAUCUGGCACCAUUGACCUUACAGCCGCCAUGAGUGAAAUUACACUUUUUACCGCAGCUCGCACCCUACAAGGCGAGGAGGUCCGGUCAAAGCUCACCUCUGAGUUUGCGGAGCUGCUUCACGACCUUGAUCUCGGCUUCACGCCUGUCAACUUCAUGCUUCCCUGGGCCCCUUUGCCACACAACCGGAGGCGUGAUCUGGCACAUUCCCGAAUGCGCGAGAUCUAUUUAGGAAUUAUGCGAACUCGGCGGGAAGUCAUGUCUCAAGGCGGUGCCACUCAACCCGAGAAAGACACCGAGGGCACAGACAUGAUUCUGAAUUUCAUGAACAGCAGGUAUCGCGAUGGUAAACCGAUUCCAGACAAAGAGAUCGCACAUAUGAUGAUCACUCUACUGAUGGCAGGUCAACACUCCUCGUCUGCAAUCAGCUGUUGGAUUCUUCUCCGACUAGCCUCUGAGCCAGAGAUAACAGAAAAGCUUUACAAUGAGCAGAUUCAGAACUUGGGUGCUGACCUUCCACCACUACGAUACAAAGAUCUCGAAAAGCUGCCCUCGCUCCAUAAUGUCAUCAAGGAGACAUUACGCAUUCACUCAUCUAUCCACACACUCAUGAGGAAAGUGAAGAACCCACUGCCGGUGCCUGGUACAGAGUUCGUCAUCCCCACCUCUCACACCCUUCUCUCUUCACCGGGUGUGACCGCGAGAGACGAGCAGUAUUUCCGAGACCCCUUGAAGUGGGAUCCGCAUCGGUGGGAGACCCGGGUUGAGGUCGAGGAUGAUACCGACACGAUUGACUAUGGGUAUGGAGCUGUCUCAAAGGGAACACGCAGUCCAUACUUGCCAUUUGGAGCAGGCAGACAUCGUUGCAUCGGAGAAAAGUUUGCCUAUCUCAACCUUGAGGUGAUCAUUGCCACACUGGUGCGAGAAUUCAAGUUUUUUACCGCUGAGGGAAAAGAGGGAGUUCCUGACACGGAUUACUCGUCACUUUUCUCUCGGCCUGUUCAACCUGCCACUGUGAGAUGGGAAGCUCGCUCAUGA